GCGAGAGAACGAGAGCGUUCCCUUCGUGCCUUUCUCUCUCACACUCUCUCUCAUCCGUUCCCAUUUAAAAUAUCGAAAUCCAAGUGACGUUUUUUUGUCAGUUUCUCCACUGUCUUCAUCUCCGCCACCUUCUUUGAUCGGCGAUCGCUCCGAUGUCUCCUCCCGCGCGGCGGAUCUGAUCGGAUCGGGAGGAGGCGAUCGAUCGUUCCUUCGAUUCCGCGCUUCUUCAUCGCGGAUUUCGAUUUCAAUUCUCGCGAUUCUUGGAUCUCUCGGCGUUCCUUUUUUUCGAAUCGCACGGUUCGAAGUUUUCUCGCCCGGAAUUUUGGGGAAUUUCGUCGAUCAACUAGGAUAUUGAUCGGUUUCAACGGGGUUUGGGGCACGAGGUUUUUGUGGAACGGGGUUUUCUUGAAGGGUUUUGGGAGUAGGAACCUUGCGAUUCUUCGAUCCCCACGCGCUCCCUCGUUCGGAUCGAACAAUUCGAAGUUUUAUUGGUUGAAAUUUUGGGGAUAUCGUCGAUUGGCUAGGGUUUUGGUCGGUUUUAACGAUAGUAGUAGUUUGGAGCGUGAGGUAGUGGAGAAGCGGUGUUUGGAAGGGCUUUGGGAGUAGGAGCCGCUGACUAAGAGAGAUGUCGAAAGUGGUGUACGAAGGAUGGAUGGUUCGGUACGGGCGGAGGAAGAUUGGGCGAUCCUUCAUCCACAUGCGAUAUUUUGUUCUCGAGACUAGGGUUCUCGCUUAUUACAAGAGGAAACCCCAGGAUAACAUGGUGCCGAUCAAGACCCUUCUUAUUGAUGGAAAUUGCAGGGUUGAGGAUAGAGGCCUGAAGAUGCAUCACGGACAUAUGGUUUAUGUCUUAUGUGUUUACAACAAAAAAGAGAAGCAUCAUCGAAUUACGAUGGCAGCAUUCAACAUCCAAGAGGCGUUGAUAUGGAAGGAAAAGAUUGAGCUUGUCAUCGAUCAGCACCAAGAUCUUAUGCCAGCUAAUGGAAAUAAGGUCUAUACAGCGUUUCAGUACAAAUCUGCCAUAGAAAAUGGAAGGAAUUCCUCAUCUGAUCGUGAGAGCCAGUGUAGUCCUGAGGAAGAAGCGGAUAGCCAACCUGCAUUACUACGGAGAACAACAAUAGGAAAUGGUCCUCCUGAGUCAUUGUAUGACUGGACCCGCGAGACUGAUUCUGCAUUGUCAAAUCAGGCCAGCGCUGAUCAAGUUUUCUCUAGAAAACAUUGGCGUCUAGUCAGGUGCCAGAAUGGACUACGCAUUUUUGAAGAGCUCCUAGAAGUAGAUUACCUUCCAAGGAGCUGUAGUAGAGCAAUGAAGGCUGUUGGUGUGGUAGAGGCUUCAUGUGAAGCAAUUUUUGAACUCGUGAUGAGCAUGGAUGGAACACGUUUUGAGUGGGAUUGCAGCUUCCAGUAUGGUAGUUUAGUCGAGGAGGUUGAUGGGCACACUGCUAUACUAUAUCAUAGACUACAGCUGGAUUGGUGUACAAUGUUUGUGUGGCCUCGCGAUCUUUGCUAUGUGCGUUAUUGGCGACGUAAUGAUGAUGGAAGCUAUGUUGUACUAUUUCAGUCGAGGGAGCAUCCAAACUGUGGCCCCCAGCCAGGAUUUGUGAGAGCCCAUAUUGAGAGUGGAGGAUUUAACAUUUCUCCCCUAAAAUCUCGACAUGGGAGACCUCGAACACAAGUUCAACAUCUUAUGCAAAUUGAUCUAAAGGGAUGGGGCGUCGGAUAUUUACCAUCUUUCCAGCAACAUUGUUUGCUUCAUAUGCUGAAUAGUGUUGCUGGGCUGCGUGAAUGGUUUUCUCAAAGGGAUGAAACCCACAUACUACCAAGGAUCCCAGUGAUGGUCAAUAUGACUACAAGUUCGAUUUCUUCAAAGAAGGAAAGAAAAGGACAAGAAUAUUCUGCUCAGCCGGGUCCUUCACUAGAUCAAGUGCAUGCUGCUAGUAGACACUCCACAUUGAUAGAAGAAGAUUCUGAUGAGGAUGAAGAUUAUCAAUUAUCGUAUCAAGAGGCGUACCCAGUUAAACGUGUGACCGAUGUUAAACCGACAAGUUUGGAUGAGGAGCCUUCAGAUCAACUUGAUUUAUCUGGUUUUUCUGGCAACCUACGCCGCGAUGAACGUGAGAAAAGUCGUAAUUGCUGGACAAUAUCUGAUGCAAAUAACUUCAGAGUCAGAAGUAAAAAUUUUACAUAUGACAAAACCAAGAUUCCUGCAGGAAAGCAUCUUAUGGAGCUUGUAGCUGUUGAUUGGCUUAAGGAUGUGAAGCGAAUGGAUCAUGUAGCAAGGAGAAAAGGUUGCGCUGUCCAAGUUGCCUCUGAGAGGGGACUAUUUUCGUUGGCUAUAAAUGUGCAAGUUCCAGGCUCAACUAAUUAUAGCAUGGUCUUUUAUUUUGUUACAAAAGAACUGGUACCUGGAUCAUUAUUGCAGCGCUUUGUGGAUGGGGAUGAUGAAUUCCGCAAUAGUAGGUUCAAGCUUAUCCCAUCUGUCCCAAAGGGAUCCUGGAUUGUUCGCCAGAGUGUUGGAAGCACCCCUUGUUUAUUAGGGAAAGCAGUUGAUUGUACAUACAUUCGUGGACCUAAUUACUUGGAAAUAGACAUCGACAUUGGCUCUUCUACUGUGGCUAAUGGAGUAUUGGGGCUCGUGUUUGGUGUGAUUACGACACUAGUAGUUGACAUGGCAUUUCUUGUACAGGCAAACACCUACGAUGAACUUCCGGAGAGGCUUAUCGGUGCUGUUCGUGUAUCACACAUUGAGCUGUCUUCUGCUGUAGUUCCGGUGCUCGAGGAUAACCCUUCGACUGAGUGAAUGACCUCUGAGUUAAAUGAAGAGACGAAAAAUUAGUUCUAUUUUAUUUAGAAUCCUUUCUCCCCUAACAUCGACCAUGAAUGGGCGCACGCACUUAGUGUGUUCAUGCAGAUAUAUUGCUGAUACGUGCUCGAGAGGCUUAAGGAUAUUUUAUCGUGCGGAUUUGCAUUCAGAGCUUUUCAAUUUGUACACUCAAGGAAGGUAGAGGGAAGCAGGGGGAGGGUAAUUUAGUUAGAAAUAAUUUGUUUUAGCCGUUAGAGUGAGUUACAUUAUAUGCUGUAUCCAGUUAGUCUCUCCUGAUAUUCCCUCUCUCACCUUCUAUUCCCAGCUGCGUGUUGGCCAUGUAUUGGAAUUGUUAUUGUUCUGUGGGAGGAUAGUUUGCCCCAUUUUAUACAAUAGAGAUGUAAUUUAGAAAUUCUGGACGUCCCUUCCAUAUUAUUCUUUAAAAGGGUAGUGGAUUUGGCAUCUUGUCAAA